UCGUAAAAAUGAGAUACUGUAAUGUUCUUGCAUUGGCUUUCAUCGUCCUUUUUGGGAUCAAAGCAGAUGCAAAAGUGCCCCCAGAAUGCUUGUGUAGCCUUCACGGUAUACGCGGCGGGACUAUGUACACGUCCUGUGAUGAGGCACAUAUCACCUUUUCAGGCUCGUGCACGUAUUCUCUGAUGAAGACAUGCAACGACACUUCUGACGACAUGAUCUACAAGCCACCUUUCAAAGUUGAAGUAAAGAACGAUUACAAAACCGAAAACGACAACCAAAACACCUUUGUUCGUGAAAUCAGCGUUUCAUUUCGUGACAACAGCAUAACAUUUGACUCCAAGGGGGGAUUUAUGGUAAACAACAACCAAGCGGCAACAAACUAUAUUGGAGACGGGUUUACUGUGACUCGUUUGGAACUGGCAGAAUUUGAUGUGAUAGAGCUCAAUACAGAUUUUAGUCUGAAAAUUCUUAUUCACACGAACAGUCCAACGCAUAGAAUUCGAGUCAAAGUGGGACGCCGUUACCAUAAAAAGCUAUGUGGCUUGUGUGGGAACUAUGAUGGAAAGUCAGGGAAUGACUUCCAAGUGCACGGCGAUCUUCUGGAUAACACAUAUCGGCAAGGGGCAUCUAAUGAAAUGGCUAAAGGCAAUGUAGUGCAAGACCAUCAUUCUACCGAACCGUGUGAGCCCGUAGUCAACAUGCCGCAUCCAAAUCAGGUGUUGGAGAGGAUGAUGGAUACGGAAAAGGUUAAGGCUUUAUAUGGAGACUGCAGUGAUGAAGAUCAUAAAGAGGAGGGAAUUUCCAGGUGCGAUGUGUCUGAUCCAAACCACCCGACCAAAGGCUCCUUCACGUCCUGCAUAAAAAGUCUGGAGAACAGCUAUUUCCUUGAGCCUAUCCUCGAGGGUUUUAUUAGUGGUUGUACUGCAGCUUACUGUUUUGGCAAGAGCGAGAGGGCGGAAAAUCGCAAUGCUUGCUACUACAUGAAAGCACUUUCUGAUGCCUGCGAUGAACAUGGUCAGAAAGUGUCUGGCUGGUGCAAGGCCAUGGAGUGUCCUGCAAGAGGAGGUUGCGAGAAAUGGGAACCCAAGUAUUUGUAGGAGGAGAUAUAAAACUGGAUUUUGUGAUUUACGUAAAUUCAUGCUCAGAAACAAUUCUUUGUAGAAUUUAGUUUUGGCCUCCUUUCUUGUUAUUGACUAUUACAUACGUUUUUAGGUAGAGGGUUUAAAACUGCUGAUGCCGUUAUACGGUACUUCUGCCCCUUGACUGUCAUGGACGCAGUGAAAGUCUUUAUAAUCAGAACCAGGAAAGAUAUUUCAGUAAGACAACAUAAAAAGCAAACCCUUCAUUAGCGCAACAAAAUAUGCAUGUACUGUGUCGGGGUUAUAGGUUUAUUGCAUGUGCAUACCUGCUAAUCACCUACAAUAGUUUUUUGCUUAGUGGAAUAAAAGGGUUCGUGUUUUUUCUUGAAAUUAAAUGUAAUUUCCUUGGCUUUUUUCAAAUUUGUGUAUUAAGAAAAGUGUCUGCGCUUUAGUCCAUCAAUAGUUUGUCAAUUAUCUUGUCACUUCCUUUUUCACAUUGUUUUCCUUUUAAAUUGCAAUCUAUGCGGGAAUAAAUCACUGACAAUAGA